UAAAGCCAAUCAGAACUUCCAAGGGGAAAACCAAGGAAGUUAUCAUGCUAGCAUGCAAAUCUUAAAAUAAACAAAGUAUAAGUAGCUGAUAGAUCGAGCAUAACUAUACAUAUAAUUUGCUUCAAACAAACGCAACACAAUUUAUUUCCAAGCACUUGUUUUGGGAGAAAAAAAACAAACUACUGCUGUUGUUAGUAUCGGUUAGCACAUUAGCAUAGUGCUGCUACGGAAGUAGAAAGCGGCGCUGUCAAAACCGCACCACGCAGUCCUGCCCUCUCCUGUCAGUCUCUCUGAGAGGUGAAGCAAGCAUCGCAGUGAGAUCCUCCAGGCUGUUUGCUGUCAUCAUGGCGCGGGUUGAAACAUCAUCCAACAGGCCUUACCACCUGGUUAUCUUCGGAGCCUCUGGGUUCACUGGACAGUUCGUGGUGGAGGAGGUAGCCCGAAACGUGUCCGAGGGUCCAAGGGGGAACCUGAAAUGGGCCGUGGCAGGCAGGAGCAAGCAAAAGCUAGAAAAAGUUCUGGAGCAGGCCGCCGGAGUCCUCGAUAAGCCUGAGCUCAGGUCAGAGGUGGACAUCAUUGUGGCAGAUGUCGGGGAACCAGACUCCCUGGCAGCCAUGUGCAAACAGGCUGUAAUUGUUCUCAACUGCGUGGGGCCUUACAGGUUCUAUGGCGAGCCAGUGGUCAAAGCCUGUGUGGAGAAUGGGUCCCACCAUAUUGACAUCAGUGGAGAGCCUCAGUUUCUGGAGGGCAUGCAGUUGAACUACAGCAGCCAGGCAGCUGAAAAAGGUGUGUACAUCAUAGGAAGCUGUGGAUUUGACUCCAUACCUGCGGACAUGGGAGUCCUCUACACCAGAGACCAGUUCAAAGGAACGCUGACCACAGUGGAGAGCUUCCUGACUGUCGGCUCGGGUGAUGAUGGCGGAUGUAUCCACGAUGGCACCUGGCAGUCCGCUAUCUACGGUUUUUCCGACAGCCAGAAGCUGCAGAGUCUCAGGAAGAAGUUUAAUCACAAACCUCUCCCUGCUGUUGGUGCUAAGCUGAAACGCAGGGGGAAUUUGUUCUUUAGCAAUGAGAUCCAGCAGUACACGGUGCCGUUCAUGGGCUCCGACCCCUCCGUUGUGAAGAGAACUCAGCGCUUUGUGGUGGAGGAAUAUAACGCUAAACCGGUUCAGUAUGGAGCGUACGCCGGAAUAGGAGGUAUUGGCAACAUCGCCAAGCUGAUGUUUGCUGGAAUGAUGUUCUGGAUUUUGGUCAAAUUCAGUUUUGGGCGCAAUCUACUCAUCAAGCACCCCGAGUUCUUCUCCUUUGGACUCUUCUCCAAGGCCGGACCAACUAGAAAGCAGAUGGAGGCGUCAUCCUUCCAGUUUGCUUUCUAUGGGGAAGGUUACACCGAGGGACAGGACCCCUCCCAGGGGAAACCUAACGCCAAGAUCCGCACACUGGUUCAGGGACCAGAAUGCGGCUAUGUGGCCACGCCCAUCGCCAUGGUACAGGCUGCACUAACCAUCCUCAACGAACCCGCGGCCUUGCCCAAGACGGGAGGAGUUUAUACUCCAGGAGCUGCUUUUGCAAAAACCACGCUGACGGACCGCCUCAACAAACACGGCAUCCAGUUCUCUGUCAUCUAAAGUCUCUUCCACCCCCCAUGAGCCCCCCCCAACGAUGCCAUACUCGGCACUUACUAAUAUCAAUAAUAUCAACUGGAAUGUUUCCAACUAUUCCGUCACAAGCACCUUAACUAGAGAUGGAGUGCACCUUCAGAUGAAGUUCUAACCGUAUUUUAGGUGAUUUUUUUUCUGCAUCAUAUCAUUUUUUUGUUCAGUCAUAAACGUGUCAGGUCUCCCCUUGGGUUUAUUACAAUAACAUGUAUAAACAGUUUAAAUUUGCCUACAUAUUUACUAAUUAAAGGAGGAUUUUGUCCAGUUUCAUCUAAUUGAGCCAAAAUUGUUGUUUCCAGUCUCCCUCUAACACUACACUAUCUGGAGAUAAGAGAAAAUCAUCUGGAAAGGGCCUUUCAUCAUAUAAAUGAUUUGGUUUGUAACAUUUGGUUAUAAGAACUAUAUUACCAUCAGUUGCCGCACCUUCAUGCUACGUGUGUGUGGACGAGCAUGACUGCUGGUGGCUUAACAUCCUGAUAGCUUUGUUCUUCAUAGGUCACGCUUGGACUAUAUUAAAAUCAUCCAGCUGAAUACACCCAACUGUUUGCUUUGGAGCCUUGUGAGAAAACGUAUCCAGUUGUUGCUUCAGACUGAAUAUAUCUCCUCUGCUGUUUUGUUAACAAUUGUUUGUGUGGACAGUUUGAGUUUUGCUAGUUUAUUUAUCUGAAGAACUUUGUCACAAAAGAUUGUUUUUCAUGUUUGCGCAUUAUGUGCAUGUGACAAAUGUUUGGAGGGUUGUUUUGGUGUGCUUUGCUUUGUAUGCGCCUGAUAAAUAAAACCAAAUCUAAGAAUU